GCCACGCUGGUUCCUCCCAUCCACGUCGAUCGCCGACCAACCGGAGGAGACGCGCCUGAAUAAGAAGACGACCGUGCGUCCCCAUUGCUCGGCCGAUCACCGGCGCGCAUCGCCAUGUCUUUCACCGGCACGCAGGACAAGUGCAAGACGUGCGACAAGACCGUCCAUUUCAUCGACCUCCUCACCGCCGACGGCGUCUCCUACCACAAGACAUGCUUCAAGUGCAGCCACUGCAAGGGGACCCUCUCGAUGUGCAACUACUCUUCCAUGGAUGGUGUUCUCUACUGCAAGACCCAUUUCGAACAGCUCUUCAAGGAGACGGGCAACUUCUCAAAGAAUUUUACGCCAGGUGGCAAAUCCGCAGAGAAGGGCGAGGCAAAAGCUCCAAGCAAGAUGUCAUCUGCCUUCUCUGGAACUCAAGAUAAAUGCGCGGCCUGCCAAAAGACCGUGUACCCAUUGGAGAAGCUUACUCUGGAGGGCGAAUGCUACCAUAAGAGCUGCUUCAAGUGCUCGCAUGGUGGCUGCAUCCUGACGACCUCCUCGUACGCCGCGCUCAACGGAAUCCUCUACUGCAAGAUCCAUUUCUCACAGCUGUUCAAGGAGAAGGGAAGCUACAACCAUCUCAUCAAGACCGCGCAAACAAAGAAGGAGAGCGUGGAGGCUGCGGCUGCAGCAGAGGCAGCGGCGGAGGCACCUGCAGCAGCAGAGCCGGAAGCGGCCCCGCAAGAUGAAGCAUAGACCAAAGAUUAUUAGGAGCAAAGCAAAGAAAAAACAGAACCAAAUAUAUAUCCUAUAUAUAUAUUGAAAAAAGCCUCCGCAAUUUACAGACAGUAAUUUGCAAUACUUCCUUCCCUGCUUCCAUUUCUGUACGGCCUCUCAAAGCUUGCUUUUGUUCAAGCUGGAAUUGUAUCAUUUCUCGAAAACUUGUCACCUGGACAUGAAACUAUUGGUUUGCACAGCCAAAAAUAUUACUUUGCGUUGCACGAAUACUUUCUUUGAAUUUUCUGAACAUAAGGGACAAAGACAUUUCUUUUAGGGCCUCUUUGAUUCAAAUGAUUUGUAAAGGGAAUUUGGAGGAUUCCAGGGUUUCUAGCCUACAUGUGCCAUUCCAAAAAUUCAUGAACAUGAUGUCCCUUUCGUGUA